CACCUUCCCUCCCAAGAUUUGGCGGGAAGAUCACUGUCUAAUAAGCACUUUCAGCACCAGAAACUACACCACACACACUCAGAGAGAGAGAGAGAGAGAGAAUCAAAUAUGGUGGGUUUAACGUACGAUUGUCUUGCAAACCCUCUGGGUGUCGUACGAUCGACGUUCGAGAAGGCCAUGGCCUCCAGCGGCGACCCCGCCUCCUUCAGCGGCGGCGACUGGGGAGCCCUUGACGUCUUCCGAAACUUUCUCUUCGAUCAGGACGGCCUCUCUCAGGUUCCAAUUCUGGAUCACAAAACUGUAAGAUGGAUUCAGCCCAACACUCUGGUUCGAUUCCGGGGAAUGAUUCAGGAUAUGUUGGGAAAUGAAGUCUAUAUCGGUGCUUACAAGGAUGGCACGGCUUGGAGAACCAACAAGUAUUUGGAUUUUUCGCAAGUUCCAAUGGAUUCUUCGGCGGAUAUGCGAAUUUGGGAACGCCGUUUGCUCUACUGUAUCCCCGUUCCGGGACUGAAUUCAUGGGCUGAAUCUUCUUCUGAAGCGUUGAUAAAAAGAAGCAUGGAGUUGGCAUCUCAACAAAGAGAGAAGCGUCGGAGAGGGGAUGAUGAAGCUGUUGAUGACAUGGAUUUAAUUAUCUCGAAUGAUGGGUUUGAAGGUUCUCCUAGCGCCAAAAAGAUGAGAGAGGAUGGACAUCCUUCUCAGUCUUCUCAGUCUCAGGAGUCUGUGUCUCAGGGCGCCUGCUCUAGUGCAAGUGUUCAGCCUAAUGUUGAUAGGGAUUCUCUUCCUUGUCUGGUCAAGAUAUGUGAUAUCCCAGAGUCCGAUUUGAAGCUAAAUGAUGUUUUUGAGUUUAUUGGCGUCCUCACUUUAGUUUCGCAACAUCAAGUGGAUAAAGAUGAAAAUGAUGAUUUUGAAAAUGGCUUCAUGGGAGAUGAACUGACCCCUUUGCCCCCUCGCAAUGAGGUACCACACCUCCACUGUCUCAUUCAUCGGAAACUUGCAGUUCAUGACUUUCUUCAGAGUUCGCCCAUGUUGGAGCCAAAACCUGUAGUGGUAAAAGAGACAAGGGAAACUCUCCUGAGGCAUCUCACAAAUGUUCUUGGUAAUGAUGGUCUAGCUGCGCAUUUCGUGUUGUUGCAUCUCCUGUCCAAAGUGCAUUCUAGAGUCGAUACACUUGCUGUGGGGAAGCUCUCACUGAAUCUCACUGGUUUAAGCAAAGAAAGUGUGUCUGUGUUUGGCAAUCAUCUUAGCCUUGCAAUCAAGAAUCUUAAACCUUUCUCUGAUUAUUUACCUCUAACAAUUGGGUAUCUCAACACUACUCCUUUUUCACCAAAAAAGGAUUAUGAGACAAAUAGGCUCAUUACCGGUCGUCUGCAGCUGGCUGAGGGCACACACUUGCUCAUUGACGAGACCACAAUGGGAGAAGGAAACCUCUUAUCUGUUGGAGUUGACAAUACAAGAUUGCUUAAAAAUUUGAUCGAGUUGCAAAAGCUGGAGUAUGACUUCAAGUACUAUAAAAUGGAGAUGGCAGCUGAUAUCCAGUUGCUCGUAUUGUCAGAGGGGAAAUCAUUUUUUUGUCCUGCUGAUUUAGUUUUACCUUUCCAACCUACUUCAGUGGGUUCUUCUGAAGCUUCUCCAGAAGCGUUGGACGCAUGGAGAUGGUACUUGGCCACGCUUAGAUCAUUGCCUCAUUCUAUCGACUCAGAAAUUCAGAAGGUGAUAGAAAAUGACUUGGUUGAAGCAAGGCAAGCGGACAGGAACCUGGGCACUGAAGAUUUUAGCAGAUUGCUGACAAUUGGCCGUCUAAUGUGCAUGAGUUACGGUGAAACAUCCUUAUCUUUGGAACAUUGGCAGAUGGUCAAGGAGCUGGAGAGGCUACGAAGAGAGAGGCUGAAGUGAAAAUUCUAAUUUGAUUGUGAUUUGUUAUAAUAUAGGCACGUGUAACUUAGCCCAAGACUGAUGAUCAGAUAUAUGUCAAGUUCUUUUUUUUUUUUUUUUUUUUUUUGGUCGCAAAUGUGUUAUCAUUUGAUAGUAAAGGCACCAGAAAGUUUAACAAACUUGUUCCACCAAAAUCUUAUCAGCACUAGAUUUCUCUUUGUAUGACAUCGUGCAAUCUUGUUCCACCAAAAUCUUAU